CCAUUGCUGUCAUUUACUUCGCCAAAGCUCGCUUGACCUCAUUCCCAUUCGCUGUUUGUCGCUUGUGCUUGGCGGUUGACUCUCCAAACGCAUCAAACAACCAAGCGCGCCUUAUUUACCGCACACGAAGAUGGCGGAUAAUCAAUACGGAGGCUACGGCGGAAACUCCGGUGGAGGUGGCGGCGGUUAUGCCGAUUAUUCACAGCCACCACCGAGUAACUACGGAAAUUAUGGAAGCAGCGGUGGUGGUGGCGGCGGCGGUGGAGAUAGCUACAGUGGCAAUAGUAAUUCAAGCAGCGGUGGCGGCGGUAAUUGGCAAGGCAAUCGAGGUGGCGGUGGUGGAGGCUACGGCGGAAAUCAAGGUGGAGGAGGAGGAGGAUAUGGCAGUGGCGGCGGCGGAGGAGGAGGAGGAAAUUACAACAAUGGAAACUACGGCAGCAGCGGAGGUGGUGGUGGAUACGGAGGCGGCGGCGGCGGUUUUGGAGGCCGAGACCGUGGAGGCGGCGGCGAUUACAACCGCGACGAUAGACGUGGUGGCGGCGGCUUUGGCGGUGGCGGCAGGGGUAGUUACAAAGGUGGUUCCGGUGAAAUGGUUGUUCAAGAAGACACUGUGUUCGUUUCUGGAAUGUCUUCGGACAUCAACGAGGCUGAUAUCGAAGAGCAUUUUGGUGCUAUCGGUAUUAUAAAGACUGACAAGAAAACCAUGAAGAAGAAGAUUUGGCUUUAUAAGGAUAAAGCUUCCGGUGAAUCGAAAGGCGAAGCUACAGUUACUUACGAUGAUGCCAAUGCAGCACGUUCUGCGAUUUCAUGGUUUGAUGGCAAAGAAUUCCGCGGAAAUACCAUUAAGGUCGUGAUGGCUACAAAACGUGAUAAUUGGAGUGGUGGUCGUGGUGGCGGCCGAGGAGGCGGAGGUGGUCGUGGCGGCGGUGGUUUUGGUGGUGGACGUGGAGGCGGCGGAGGACACGAUAGAGGUAGCCGAGGUGGUAGCAGCGGUGGAGGCGGUGGACGUGAUCGAGAAUCCAGGGACGGUGACUGGCGCUGCCCGAAUCCAGAUUGCGGUAAUACCAAUUUUGCCUGGCGCAACCAGUGUAACCGUUGCAAUGAAGAUAAACCUGAAGGCGCUGGUGGUGGCGGCGGCGGAGGUGGACGUGGUGGUGACCGUCGAGGCGGUGGAGGAGGAUUCCGCGGUGGUAGUGAUAGGCGCGGAGGAUUUGGAGGUGGCCGAGGCGGCGGCGGUCGAGGGGGUGGUGGCUAUGGAGGCGGCGGUCGUGGCGGAGGCAGAGAUGGAGGCGGACGCGAUGGAGGGCGCCCAAGGCCUUAUUAGCCAUAAUAUUUGUUAGGUUUAAGAAUGAAAAUACGAAAUAAUUGAGGAAAAGGUCAUAGUGUAUUAUAUUCUCUAUCUUUUAAUUAUUUUGACUAUAUUAGUUGGACUAUAUUUAUGUAUAUGAACUUUUUCAUUGUGAGUUUUUGCGACAGGAAAGACUUAUACAUAUUAGCAUUUUGAGUGAAAAUUGUGACGGUUUUGUGUUAAGGAAGUUAAGGAUAUCUGAUCAGCAGCCGUGAAAUAAAUUUUUUUAUAUAA